AUGUCCCGAACCGCCGCCUCCACCCCUCCUCCCCAAACACACUUUCCCCAAAAGACGGCCACCCCCUCUAUGCGCCACAAUGCCCACUCCACCUCUUCUCCGCACUUUGCCCGACACGGGCACGGGCAUCAUUCGCAUUCUUUCGCGCGAAGAAAGGUCAAGAAUCUCCCUCCUGGCGCAUUCAAAAAGACGCCCGAAGAUUCUGCUGAGGGAGAUGCUGGAGAUGCAAUGGGGAGGAGGGAAGAAGCCCUCCAUGGCCAACAGUCAAUCGCUUAA